AUGGUUCAAGAGUCAAAUGGUUCACCUUCGCCACAUAGGCAUUAUGAGAACUACCCAGGCGUGGUCCGCAUGGAGGCUGCGGCUGCCCAGCUGACAACCGUCAAGAAAUGGAUCUUCUUCACCAGUAUCUUUUUCGUCAGCUACGCGCUCGGUCUCGACUUUCUCGUGCGCAAUACCUAUGUUCCCUACGCCACCUCCUCGUUCGCGAACCAUUCCCUGCUAUCGACAAUCAACGUCAUCCGCGGAGUCGUGGCUGCCGCAGUCCAGCCCUCGGUCGCCAGAUUGACUGACGUAUUCGGCCGUAUCGAGAUCUUCACCGCCGCCGUGUUGCUAAACAUGGCCGGCACAAUCAUUGAGACAUUUUCUGUUAAUGUCCAGGGCUUUGCGGGAGGUGCUGUGUUACAUCAGCUCGGAUAUACGCUUUCGGUCCUGACAAUCGAGAUCAUGAUUGCCGAUUUCACGUCUAUGAGAACACGGUUGUUCUUUGCCUUUGUGCCGAACUGGCCCUUCCUCGUCAAUACCUGGAUCAGCGGGAACGUCACUUCGGCGGUUCUUUCAGUCACUUCGUGGAAUUGGGGGGUCGGCAUGUUUGCGAUUAUAAACCCCAUCUGUGCCCUGCCUCUCAUCGUCCUGAUGUUUAUUCUCGGGCAUCAGGCAAAAGUGUCAAGCCAAGAUCAAGAGGAGUCGCCUUCUUCGUCUCGAGUUAGCUCUCUCAAGACACUCUUCUGGGAGCUCGACGUUAUCGGUGCAUUGCUCUUGACAGCCGCUCUGGCCAUGACCCUUAUACCCCUCACUUUAGCAGGCGGGCAGAGCACGAAAUGGCGAGAUGCUGGCAUCCUGACCCCGAUUAUUAUCGGGUUUCUACUUUUCCCCAUCUUUGUCAUGUGGGAAAGGACGGCAUCUCAUCCCAUGCUUCCCUUUCGUUUUGUCAAGCAUCGAACCGUCUGGGGCUGUCUUGGCAUCAGUUGCCUUUUCCCCUUUGCUUUCAUGGUGCACGGAAACUAUCUCUUCACCCUACUCGUAGUCUCGUACAACUUCUCAGUUGAGGGUGCUACUCGCGUGGCGUCACUGUACAGUUUCUGCGCAACCGUGGUGGGAUCUCUUCUAGGCCUCGUCGUCAUCAAAAUUCGUCGACUGAAAGAGCUCAUUCUGGCAGGCAUCCUUCUUUGGUUUGUUGGAGGCGGGCUGAUCUACCACUACCGCGGCGGUACAGGUUCCAAAGCUGGAGUCAUCGGCGGGGAGAUCGUUAUCGGCACUGCUGCCGGCUUUUUCUCUUGGCCGACCUAUGUACUGAUACAAACCACGGCACAUCAUGAGUAUAUCGGCAUCUUGAUCUCACUCAUUUUCACCGUCAAUUCUAUCGGCCAGGCCUUUGGUAAUUGUGUCUCAGGCGCAAUCUGGACACAGACUCUGUUCGAAGAGCUUAACAAGAACCUUGGGUUGUUCAGCAACGAGACCCUAGCCCCAGCCAUCUACGCUGCCCCUCUGUAUGUGGUACCGGAAUAUCCCAUCGGGACACCCGAGAGAGAUGCAAUCAUCAGUUAUCGGUAUAUUCAACGGAUUUUGACUAUUGUUGCGAUAUGCAUUAUCGUACCGAUGUUCAUACUUGGAUUAUGCCUGCAUAAUCCCACACUCUCAGAGCGGCAGACCCAGCCAGAAGUAGAGAUGGGGGAUACGGAGGGUAGGAAAAAUUAA